GAUGAUCCAAGCCAAUGAUUCAGUUCAACAUGGAACAAGAUUAGGACGGAUCAGGUUGGAACUCGCUCACAAUACGUCGCCAUGUACGGCUUGAUCAUUGAAAAUGUCCUCGGCUAUCUCCGGGCCAAUUUCCAUCCCAAAAUGGUCGAGGACAUCAUCCUCUCGGCGAAAUUGCCCUUUGAACGAGCUGAGAUUGACAAGGUCUACCCGGAGGGUUACAUCCCCAAGAUUGGCAAGAAGGCCAGUCUUUUGCUCUCAACUCCUGAGCAAGACAUUUUUGAAGGAGUUGGGGUUUAUUUUGUGAAUGUGGCCGAGCAAUUGGGCUAUCGGCAAACGGUCCUGUCCAUUGCUCGUGAAUUCCGCGAAUUCAUCAUGAAUCUGGACAAUUGCCACGACUACUUCAAGCUCACCUUCACCAAGAUGAGAGCGCCUUCGUUCUUCGUGGAUCGGGAACAUGAGAAAGGACUCACCCUCUAUUACCGAUCGAAGCGACGGGGCUUCAGCUAUUAUGUCUUGGGCCAGAUGAAGCAAUUGGCCAAGGUCUACUUCAAUAUCGAUUUGAAGAUCAAAAUCCAACGCCAAGAGGUCAUCUUUGACACCAUCAGCGUGAGUUAUCUAUUGGAGUUUGACAACUCGGCUUUUGUGGUGAAUCAACAGAACAUGACCUUGAGACAAGAGGCUUCGUUGCCAAUUCGGGCGCAUGUGAUCUUUGAAAUCUUCCCCUUCUCGAUUCUCUUGUCCGAGUCCUUGGUGAUCACUUUGGUGGGGACCUCCUUGAGACAGAUCAUCCCCGAUUGUAUUGGCAUGCCAUUGAGUAAUUGCUUCACUCUGGUCCGGCCUUUGGUUGAGUUCAAUGCGGACCAAUUCAUGCAAAAGACCAAUAACGUGUUUGUGUUCCAAUCCCUCAUCCCCGCCCAACGAACCGCCCGAAGUAGGCAGAUCAAACUCACCACCGAGGACGAUGCUCUGAAGAAUUUUGAUGACGACGUGGACUUGGAUCGUCUUCAAAUUCGAGGCUGUUUGAUGUUCAUGUCCAUGUGGAAGAAAAUUCUCUUCAUUGGUUGUCCGAUCAUUGAUAAUCUGCCCAACUUGGUGCGAAAUGGACUCUUCAUCAAUGACUUGUCAAUGCAUGAUUAUUCUCGCGAUAUCAUGAUCACCUCGAGUCAAUAUUUGAUGGAAGAACGAAUGACCCGACAACUUCUACUGACCAAUGACCAAAUAUUGGAGAAAAUGGAGGACAAGAUCACUGAUUUGGAAAAGGAAGAAGAAGAACGUCUUUGUCAACUGAUCCCCCCAAAGCUGUUACACAAGUUGAUUCAAGAAAAGUUCCCCAUGGUGUCCAAGCUUGAUUCGGUCCCAAUCCUAAUUGCUCGAAUCGAGGACGUGGAAGGGAUGACUCGGGACGCCAAGUCAGACGAUUUCGUGGACUUGGUGGAUAACAUCAAGAAGGUCUUCGAGCAUCUGAUCGAGAAUACCAAGACCUUCUACAUUCAAACCAUUGAGAAUUUCAUGGCUAUUGCGGAUUUCACUGGGGAUUAUCCACCAAAUGCCCAAGCGGACAGCAUAGGAAUGUUGGCUUUGGAACUUCAAAACGCGGCCAAUGAAGCAUUCAAAGACCCAAUUGGCAUUGGCACGAAGCUAUCCUUGUCAGUGGCAAUUAGCACGGGUCCGGUUGUGGCUGCUGUUAUGGGGGACAAGGUUCCGAAAUUUGGUCUGUUUGGAUCGACUGUUCAUCGUGCAGAAGAACUCGUUGAAGGAUGUCCGCCUAACAAGAUAGUUGUGGACGCGCCAACAAAGAAAGCUCUACCAGGGACUUUCAAGGUCUUUGAAAGCGCUAUUGAAAGUGAUAAUCCGAUCUUUAUCUUGGACGAGAAAUUGGAUUAUGUUCCAACACCUAUUAUUCCCAUUCUUCAGGCUUAUACCGCUUUCAAGGCCAGUAAGAAUAGAUACAAUGACCAGGCCAAGGCCAAGAUGGAGCAAGACUUGGAAGAGACUGAAUUGCGACUGAGAGAACAAUCCAAGUUGAUGAGCUCUUGUGGGGGGUUCCACACCAAGAGCAACGUUUGUAAUCUCAUUUAGAAGCUUUACACCUUUUUUUCUCUUUUUUUAAGUUAGCUGAAUAGGCAGCAACUAUCAGAAUGCAAAACCC